UCCAUCUUUCAAAUUAGAAAAAGAAAGAAGGUUAAAGUCCCGUGCGGUGUUCAUCGUUUCUUUAAUUUUUUUUAAAGAAUUCUUUCGCGAUAAAAUUUAAUUAUUUUAUCAUUUCAUAAAAAAAUAAUUGCAUUUAUUCACCAUCUUUGAUUCGUGAAAGAAAACACAAAAAACCUCACCACCAACAUGGCACAGAGCAAAUUGAAUGAUUUAGCUGGAAAAUUUGGCAAAGGAGGACCACCUGGACUGACAACAGGCUUGAAGGUUAUUGCAGCUCUUGGAGCUGCUGCUUAUGGGGUCUCCCAAUCGCUUUACACAGUUGAUGGUGGUCAUCGUGCAAUCAUUUUCAGUCGUUUGGGUGGAAUUCAAUCCGAUAUUUACUCCGAGGGCUUGCAUUUCAGAAUUCCAUGGUUCCAAUAUCCAAUUAUUUAUGACAUCCGCUCUAGGCCCAGGAAGAUUUCAUCACCCACGGGAUCAAAGGAUUUGCAGAUGAUUAACAUCUCUCUGCGUGUGCUUUCGCGUCCAGAUUCAUUACGUCUCCCAGUUAUGCAUCGUCAAUUGGGUUUGGACUAUGAUGAGAAAGUUUUGCCAUCAAUUUGCAAUGAAGUUUUGAAGAGUGUUGUGGCCAAGUUCAAUGCUUCCCAAUUGAUUACACAGCGUGCUCAGGUUUCCCUUUUGAUUCGCAAGGAGCUCGUUGAACGUGCUCGCGAUUUCAAUAUCAUCCUUGAUGACGUUUCUCUCACCGAAUUGAGUUUCGGCAAGGAAUACACAGCUGCCGUUGAAGCCAAACAAGUCGCCCAACAAGAAGCUCAGCGAGCUGUGUUCUUUGUUGAACGUGCCAAACAAGAGAAACAACAGAAGAUCGUUCAAGCUGAGGGAGAAGCCGAGGCCGCUAAGAUGUUGGGUCUUGCUGUCAAACAGAAUCCAGCUUAUUUGAAAUUGAGGAAAAUCCGUGGAGCUCAAAGCAUAGCAAGAACCAUUGCCGCAUCACAAAACAAGGUCUACCUCUCAGCCAACAGCCUUAUGCUCGACAUCCAAGAUCCCAGCUUCGAUGACAUGACUGAAAAAGUUUACAAAAGUGAAAUGGGAAGGUUUGCUCCUGCACCCAAAACACAUGCACAUGCGGUGGCUACAACAAAAUCUCAUGUAGCAUUGAAAGCAAACAAAAAUGAUAAUCCUUUGAGAGACUUUGGAGUGAUUGCUAUGCAAACAGCGGAUAGAAUUGUGUAGAUGAAAACAACAAUACAAGAUACAACGCCAAUUUCAACCGACUGCUAUUUUGAACAAUUUUCUUUUGUGCCUUUUUUUAAUUUUCUUUGAUUUUUCUAUUAGUCGUUAAAUUUUUUACAUCUUUAGUGCAAUAA